AUGCAUGCAACAUCGCCCUUGUCUCCCGAUUAUGGCCAGACAUGUCGCUGGAUCACCUCCUUCCUUGAUUUUCACGUCGUGGACGUAUCUACUCUUUGCCUGGAGACGUUCCUCCAGAAUCAAACCUUUUUCGAUACGACCGAUGCUAUAUUAUCCUUAUUGUUAGUGCUCUCGAACGCGUCCCCGAUCUUAACUUGUAUCCUCGAGACCGAAGACUUCAUACGUUCCUUCACCCAUUCCACCGUAUGCCUUAUGGCGAUGUCCCAAAGCUCGUCCUUGCAGCCAAUCGCAACGACAAUCCUGACAUGCUUUUGGAAACCGACGGGGGUUGGCAUCCAUCCAGCAAUGGCCGUUAUUCUACACGAAAUGCCCUCACAAAGAAUCGUCGCCUCGCUCCAAGGAGUCGUGCAUCAAAUACAAGAACUAUCCAUUACACCAUCAUCAUUGCGCAACUUUGCCUAUACCAUCCAUUUCUUCUGUGGAUCUGCCAUCUCCUAUCUCGUAUCACGGCGAAACUACGCCAAUUACCUCCUCCCGAGAUUGAUUGAGACCUCGAGGCGGCAUUCUUUACCUCUAUGGUCUACCUUGUCGAGGGCUGCGCACCGUACCGUACACGGUGUAGUACCAUACAAAUGGUCAUUCGAGUGUGUUCGGCUUCGGUCCGUCUUCCGUAUAACGGUCACCGAAAACCGUACAAUACGGUGA